AUGACUGGUAUUCACAAGUUGCUCCCUUCAUCUGCAAAGUAUAAAGAGAUAUGGGGUGCAAAUCAAGUAUCCAAGCACUUGUCUACUAUCAAAGUUAUCCCCAAGUACAUAUACACUGCGCUAUUAAACAAGACACUUGUACUCUGUAAAAUGUUUGGUUUAUCAAGAUCAUCAGACUUGGUGAAGUGGUCAUUCAAAGGUCUCAUUAUUAGUACUGACUCAAUCAAAGGUCUAGUUAUCAAUGCUAAAGAACAAAGAAGUGGUGUUAAUGAGGGUGAACCGCUCCAAGUUAAUGAUAUUAGUUCAAUUGUAUUAUCAACACUCUCAAGCUCAGGUAUUGACACUGGAAAGUUCAAAUCUCACUCUACCCGUUCCGCUAUGGCUUCUCUGCUGUUGUUCAAUAACGUUCUGUUCCAUGUUGUCAAGAAGAUGGGUCGCUGGAAAUCAAACGAUACUGUAGAUACUUUCUACGAUAAAAGAAUCAUUGGUGAAAAAUCUGGUGGUAUUUUCAUUGAUACUGUCGUUCAAAUAAAUUAA